AUGGCCUCCGUAACUAAUGCUAGGUUGCCCGUUAGAGUAUUGAAAUUGGAAACUUCAAUCUUUUCCCAUCGCUCAACACCUCAAUUGAUCGUCGAAACAGAACGCGUCCCUUUAGUUUUCUUAUUGCCGCGCAACCCGACUUUCGAAAGCAUGGAAAGUAUCAACGAUACCCCGGAUGCUGUUUUUGGCGACAGGGUUCGCCGCUUCCAGGAAUUCCUGGAUACGUUCUCGAGCUACAAGGAUGCCAUCCGGUUCGUGCAGCUCCACAACCUGUCAGACCAAGCAUUCUCGCAAGACCCAACUAAAUUGAAAAGUGAGGUCGAGGGCAAAGUUUCCCAGCGGAUCACUGUCUCCCUGGAUGACUUGCGGGAGUUCGACAGGUCGUUUUGGGCUGGAAUUCUAAAUAUGCCUGCCCAAUACGUCCCUGCGGCAGAACGGGCCCUUAGCGAGACAGCAAUGACCCUGGAAGAGUCACCAGCUGGCAAUUUGGGCAACUUGCUGGCUCAACAGUGGAAGCUGUCCUUUCGCGGCUCUUUUGGUGCGCAUGCUCUAUCUCCUAGAACCCUGAACUCCCACCACCUGAACAAGCUCAUUUCUGUCGAAGGCAUCGUUACAAAGGUCUCACUGGUGAGACCCAAGCUCCUUCGCUCUGUUCAUUACGCUGAGAAAACCGGAAGGUUUCACUACAGGGACUAUCGCGAUGCCACUACCACUCUAACGACUCAGAUCCCAACCCCAGCCAUUUACCCAACAGAAGACCCAGAGGGUAAUAGGCUCACAACAGAGUAUGGAUACUCCACAUACGUAGACCACCAGCGUAUCACAGUCCAGGAAAUGCCCGAGAAGGCGCCCCCUGGUCAACUUCCACGUUCCAUAGACGUCAUCAUGGAUGAAGACCUUGUCGACAAGGCUAAGCCAGGUGACAGGAUCAACAUCGUCGGCAUCUACAAGUCCCUAGGUGGCGGUGGCCUAAGCGCGGGUAGUGGAGGCAAGGACCAGACUGGCGCGCUGUCUGGUUUCAGGACUGUUAUACUAGCAAACACAGCAUACCCGCUGCACGCAAGGUCUACAGGUGUGGCCGCUAGACAAGCGCUCUCAGACUCAGACAUUAGAAACAUAAACAAGCUCUCCAAAAAGGACGACAUCUUUGACCUUUUGUCCCAGUCCUUGGCGCCCUCAAUCUAUGGUCAUGAGCAGAUUAAGAAAGCCAUUCUCCUCAUGCUUAUGGGCGGUGUCGAGAAAAACCUGGAAAACGGUUCGCAUUUAAGAGGUGAUAUCAACCUUCUUAUGGUUGGUGACCCAUCUACAGCGAAGUCGCAAUUACUGCGCUUUGUCCUGAACACAGCAUCUCUAGCAAUCGCAACAACCGGUAGAGGGUCAUCCGGUGUUGGUUUAACUGCUGCCGUGACCAUGGACAGGGAGACAGGCGAAAGAAGGUUGGAGGCUGGUGCAAUGGUUCUCGCCGAUCGAGGUAUUGUGUGCAUUGAUGAAUUCGACAAAAUGAGCGACGUGGACCGUGUUGCAAUCCACGAAGUAAUGGAGCAACAGACCGUCACAAUUGCCAAAGCAGGUAUACACACUACGCUGAACGCACGUUGUAGCGUCAUUGCUGCUGCAAACCCAGUCUUUGGCCAGUACGAUCUGAAUAAAGACCCACACUACAACAUCGCGCUUCCAGACUCGCUGCUAUCUAGAUUCGACUUGCUGUUUGUUGUUACCGACGACAUCAAUGAAAACACGGAUAGAGCAAUCAGCGAGCAUGUCCUGAGGACACAUCGAUACUUGCCGCCCGGCUACCUGGAGGGUGAACCAAUUCGAGAAGCAAUCAAUUUGUCCCUUUCGGUAGGUGAAGACACUGAAGCUAACAACGAGGAAGAAGAUGAUGACGACGACGAGGGUAGGGUGUUUGAAAAAUUCAAUCCGUUGCUUCACGCGGGUGCUAAAUUGGCGAGAAAUAAAGGUAACAGACAAGGAACCGAGCUGCCGCAAAUUGUGUGCAUCCCAUUUCUGCGCAAAUAUGUUCAAUACGCAAAAGAGAGAGUUGUUCCGGUGCUUACACAGGGCGCAGUUUCCCUCAUUGUCAAGGCCUAUACCGAAUUGAGGAAUGAUCAAAACACCAAAAAAUCUCCUAUCACAGCAAGAACUUUAGAAACACUUAUCAGAUUAUCUUCUGCUCACGCGAAGGUGAGGCUGUCUAAAACCGUUAAUCGUGCUGAUGCCCGUGUCGCUUCACAACUAUUGAGAUUCGCUUUACUCGGAGAAGACGAUCUAGGGGCCGAGUUUGAUACGGAUGAUAACAACGAAAGGUCGCCUACAAAAUCUCCGCGCAAGAGACAGAGAGUGAGAAACGCUACGGCCGCCGCAAGAGACCUACAGUCAUCUCCCACUAGAGCUCCGAACUUAAGUACCAGUACUCCUACUAGGACUGACCUAAGGAGAAGAUUAUAUUCAGAUGACGAAAGUGAACAGGAGAUUCAAGCUUCAGGCAUCCAGGAGGAUGACGAAUUUAUGCAACAAGACGAGUCGGAUAUGACUGCGCUGCCGGCCGACCAAGAAGAAGAUCUGCAGCAAAGAUUACAGAGGGGGUUACGUGUAUCGCCACGGCGCCAAGAAUCACAACGGGCGAGUACUCCAGUUACCGAAGACGGCAGACACGUUCUUUUGCCCUCAGAAAACUUCAGAAGUCGGCCAAUUCUCGCUGCUGAUCAAUCGAUCGACGACCAGGACCUUGUUUCAGCCGAAGAGAUGGCUCCGGGUGCGAUUUCCACCAGUCGACUGUCGCUCUUUUCAGGUAUUAUUGCGCGCUUAAUGCAAACAGACCUUUUCGAGGACGAGUCCUACCCAGUCGCAUCCCUGUUAGACAAAAUCAAUGAAGAGCUGUCCGAAGAAGACAAAUUUUCCGCUCCUGAAUAUCUAGCUGGCUUGAAGGUUAUGAGCGACAGAAAUAAUCUGAUGGUAGCAGAGGAAAAGGUUUGGAGAGUAUAA